CUUUCGGCCAUCACAACAUACACUAUGAGGCCGAUCCUGUCGCGGACCUUUGCUUUGUCCUCCUCGAGCAGGGCAGCCAAGGAGUUUGGCCUGCUCGAGGAGUCUGCCAACGAUGUCCCUUAUCUCGGCUGGCACAAGAGAAAGAUACAAAAAUCGCUCGACUUGGCUGCCAGGAGGCAAGACGCUAUGUACAAGAAGACACUGGGAGUCCGCAGGGAGCAGAAUCGACCGACAACACGCAUACAGUCUGAAUUCUCUGGAUUCGGUAUGUUACCGAGUCCGGAUGAUCCCUUCCGUGCUCGGAACCCUGGAGCACCCCCCAAGCCCGCUGAGAUAGUCGAGCACGAGAUCAGUCAUCGGUUCAAAGCUGGAGGGUACAAGGAUGAUUUCCACCACGACCCCUUCUUAGAUACUUCGGUAUCCGAUUCACUCGACUAUCUCCGUGAGGCCCUGUACCCAUCCCUUCCAAAAGAGGGGCGGCAAGCUCCCAUCGAUCCAGUCAAGGUCAUCGAAUGCUGUCAGCGACUUGGGCCUCCGAUGGUCCUCAUCCGAAAUAAGCCUGAUCAUCCUCGACUUGUCCCCCUGGAUCCAUACGUGGACAAAAUAUUUGAGGUCCUGGUCCCUGUCUACUCUUCAGGUCCUCUUCCGACACCGAUCCAUCAGACAGAGGUCAUCGAAACGCUGGAGCGAUGUCUGAGCCGAGUCAUGUAUGCCCACCUCGAUGCUACAACACCGGAGGCACACAAGAAAUGGCGCAAGAACUUUGCUCAAGCUGCUGAACUCUACGCCAAGGUGGUCAUGUACCAGGCACAGAUCUCCAGACACGAUCCUGCUCGCCUAAACAACCUCUUACGACUGGUCGAUCGUUUCCUCGAUCAUUAUAGCUCCACAUUCAACUAUUACAUUCCCGUGCCUCUGGCCGCAACACUCGUCCUUCUCAUGAUCCAGACCGGAAAUUCAUUUACACCGAGCAAGUCGGGCAGCGAGGACUACAGAGUUGUCUGGCCAUCCCCCGAGGUCGUGGCGGAGAGACUGGAAGGCAUCACACCCGAGGACGUGGCCAACAUUUACUCCUUGCGACCAUUCCCUCCUUUACCCGCCAACCUCGGCGCCAAGCUGAAAGCGAUCUGCAAAGAAGACGACGGUCGACGCUUUGCCCAAGUCUGGCGCCAAUUCCGCGACACCGUUGACGAGCCCAAGCGUUUCAUCUCCAGCGAGCCGGACGAUUACCAGAAGGUGUUCGGCAUCUUUUAUUACCGCCUCACCAAACAUGUCUCCGAGAACCGUCAUUGGCGCGAAUCGAGAUGGCCCAUCCCAAUGAACAAGCUGCGGAAGGAGAUUCUAUCUCGCAUUGACAAGCCAUAUCCCGCUUACGUCCUCCAUGGGAUGCUCUACGCCAGGACCCGCCCUAUCUCCUCCUAUGAACCGCCGGAAGGGGUUGAUCCCAACGUGCCCGUUGACACGGAAACACGUGCUGCACAGCUGGCUCACAUCUGGCAAAUCGCUCAAGAGCCAGAUCACGGCCGCGACGCCAAGUUUUACAGCCUCUAUGUCUCUGCCUUGGCCUCUUUAAACCGUCCAGACAUGGUUUACGACGCAUGGGAAAAGUGUCUGCGGGAGAAAAAGGUUUCCGACUGGCCACCGAUAACCGUUUUCAACCAAGUCCUGGCCGCUCUCCUGAGAUGCCCCGACCUUGGCGUCAAAUGGGCACUAUCCCUCUGGAGACAGGCCUGUGCAAAGUCGUCCUCCAUCAAGAUGGACCACUACACCAUCGCCGCGAUGCUCGAACAUUAUGCAAAGAAGGGUGAGGUCGAGGAGAUGCAGAAAAUCAUCGCAAUUGGCGCGAAGCGUGGCCUCGAGCCCAAUGGCGUCAUCUAUGGCACCUUGAUCAAAGGCAUGUCUCGUGCUGGUCGAUUCGACCUGGUCGAAUCCACGUUGCGCCUCAUGACAGAGCAAGGCAUUGCCCCCAGUCAACGAUUGUUCCCGACCCUAGUGGCGGGUCUCACCCACGUAGGAUUGUUGGAACGCUUGCGAGAGGCGGAAAAAUUGUUCACAGUCGCCGACAAGUUUGGGGUCAAGGUUGAUCUGUUCAGCUGGGCGUCUCUGAUUGGAGGAUAUUUCCGAGGAGGGUGGUCUGAAGAAGGAUGGGACGCUGUCAGACGAAUGGAAGCGGCUGGAGUCAAGAUGAAUCAGACGGCAUACAAUCUGGUGAUACAAGAAGCUGGGAAAAAGGUUGCACGCCGGCACGGGUCCGAGCGGAUUGGGUUGGAGAUUGUGAAGCGCAUGUUGGUGGAAAAGGUGUUUCCAGGUCGUAAAUCGUGGGAACUCCUUUUGGAACCAUUGGUCAAGGCGGAGUAUUGGAAUACGGCUCAAGAAGCCUACACGUUGAUGGAAAAUACGAGGAGCGCGCCAGAUUCACCCUUGUUGAGAAAGAUACAGAAACAUCUCCAGUGGAAGCGGUCUUGGACUUAAUGUAUCCCAAAGAACGACCUCGUCCAUCCAAGUCGGAGGUAGCGAUCAAACGCUGGGAAACAUGAGCGAGAAUCGUUCAAGAGCUAGGCUCACCCCAAUAGCUAAACCGUCUGCCAUACCACUUGCCAAAGAAUGGAAUGAUGACUAUGCUGAGCACCGUCUCGAGUUGGCGUAAUGACUCUUCCCAUUCUUCCUGAAUCAUCGCUGCUUCAUCUUCAGAGUCCCAUUCUGAUUCUGAUGGCAAGGAUGGAUAGUCGGACACGUCGCUAUGGCGUCGAGGAUAUGGGAUGGGCAUGAUUCAAUGGGUG